AUGGCUUCGGCACUCUUCUACGCAUUGUGUCAAAGGGGCAAACACCAAGUCGGGAGUCUUAUGCUCAGGUUUCGGAAUCAAUCUAUCCAGGGGGAGCGGGCUGUGUUCUUGGUUCUUUUCCAGCAGGCCCUCGAGGACCAAGCAUGGCAAGCCAUGUUAUGCAGAGGAGGCACGCAGCUGGAUCUUUACGAUCAUUCCUGCGGCUCAGCUACGCUACCUGUGCCGUGGUGGCUGGCUGAGAUCGUUCCAGAAACAGCGGCCAUGGGGAAGAGUCUCACGUCUUUACAGAUCAUAACGGGGUGGGGUAAGUCGCGUGAGCUAUGGCAGACAUCAGAUGUGCGGGCAUCAGUUCUGAACCUGGUUGACCGGUGUGGAAUUCCAUGCAAGGUCCAUCGUCGCAACCAAGGCAUUGUGCAAGUGGACUUGCGGGGAUGA